AUGACGAAUUCUAAUGGAAGAAAUAAUGGUAUUGAGAGCCUAUUGGUUAAUGGCAGUUUGUCCUUUGAUCAGGAUGUGCUGGAAUUUCCAAUGAUAUCAAGAGAUAAUGCGGUUUGGUUAGAGAGACCUUUUAAGAAGGUAGAGAUUUAUGAAGUUAUUCAGAAUUUCAAUGGUGAUUUCAAUGGUCAGUUUGAGAAAAGUUUGAAUGCAACCUUCAUUACUCUCAUUCCAAAAAAAUUUGCCGCUAUUGACGUCAAGGAUUUUCGCUUAAUUAGUCUUGUUGGAGGGGUUUACAAAAUUGUUGCUAAAGUCUUGGCUACUCAAUUAUGCAUGGUCAUGACAUAUAUAAUCUCAUCUUCAAAGAAUGCUUUUGUGAAGAAUAGGCAGAUUCUUGACCCUGUCCUUAUUGCUAAUGAAUGCCUGGACAGUAGAUUAAAGACUGGUUUGCUAGGGUUACUCUGCAAACUAGAUGUUGAGAAGGCUUUUGAUAAUGUAAAUUGGGGUUUUCUUAUGAAGUUGCUAGAACGUAGUGGGUUCCCUAAUAAGUGGAGCGGUGGUUUCAUGGAAGCCCUUGGAAGAAUGUUAGACAAAGCUGUCCAUGAAGGUCGCUUGUCAGGCUUUCGUGUGGAACCUUUCAUCUUGCAGAUUUCGAGAUCUAUUGGUGAUUUGUAUUUUAAAAAGUCUGAGUUCAACAGGGAACCUUUAUAUGCUAAAUUUCGCCUUCCAGAACCUUUCAAAAAGCCAAUACUGAGUGCUGAACCAACAAUGUCGGUGCACCAAUUGGAACCCCAUGAUCAAUUUAUUAUAUUUGCAUCUGAUGGGCUUUGGGAGCUUCUUAGCAAUGAAGCAGUUAAUAUGUUUCAAAGUCAUCCACGCAGUGGAAGUGCUAGAAGGCUGGUAAAAGCUGCUUUGAAAGUAGCAACAAAAAAGAGAGAAAUGAGAUAUUCACACUUGAAAAAUGUAGACUGUGGGGUCCGGCGCCAUUUCCACGAUGACAUCACAGUGAUUGUUGUGUUUCUUGACUCAAAUCUUGUGAGCAGGGCUAGCUCAGUCUGCAGCCCUAGUUUGUCCGUUAGGGGUUGGGGGAGGAAUAAACCUGCCUGA